AUCCUCUCUAGGACCCAGCAACCCCUCAGUAAAUGGUAAAUCCAGGUACCAGUUACCGACGGUCAAAAUUCGCCCUGCGUCGUCUUCCAUUCGAGUAGUUCGAUUAUUUGUUUAGAAGUGGGACUGGAAAGCUGUAAAAAUAUCAACUGAGGCUGCUGAACUGGAAGCUUUGAAAAUCACGACUCGUGAGUCAACUCGGUCUGGAAUCGUCCUCGAUCGUCCGAAUUUCGGGGCUAGGGUUUUGACGUUGAUCGGCGAUGGCUGUUGAAGAAGGUGUCCAGCAGGUGGUCGCGCCGCCGCAGAAGGCGAAGGAGCCUUCCGAAGAUGAGAAGCGGAGGAAGAAGAUAGCGGCCGGAGGUUUGAUGAAAGCGGUGAUGAGGCCCGGUGGAGGCGAUUCGACACCUUCAGAUGGUUAUCAGGUUGUAUAUCAUUCCACUGUUAGAACAUUGGACGGAGUCAUUGUUGAAUCGUCCCGAUCGGAAUAUGGAGGCAAGGGCACUCCUAUACGACAUGUUUUGGGGAAGAGCAAGAUCAUAGUGGGAUUACUCGAAGGAAUUCCAACAAUGCUGAAGGGUGAAGUUGCGAUGUUCAAAAUGAAACCUCAAGUGCACUAUGGUGAGGACGAUUGCCCUGUUUCAGCACCCAGCGGCUUUCCCAAGGAUGAUGAACUUCAUUUUGAAAUUGAGAUGAUCGAUUUCUUUAAAGCCAAGCUUAUUGGUGAUGACUUGGGAGUGGUAAAGAAGGUAAUAACUGAAGGUCAGGGUUGGGAAUCGCCAAGGGAACCUUAUGAAGUAAAAGCCUGGAUUUCAGCAAAGACAGGUGAUGGAAACGUGCUUGUUUCACAUACUCAAGGAGAGCCAUUUUUCUUUAAUUUUGGAAAGUCAGAGGUACCUAAAGGUCUUGAGAUGGGAAUUGGUACAAUGACACGGAAAGAGAAGGCAAUAAUAUAUGUGACCAAGCAGUACUUAACUCCAUCUCCUUUCCUUCCUGUGGUAGAAGGUGUUGAGGAAGUUCAUUUUGAAGUGGAGCUUGCCCACUUUAUUCAGGUGCGCGACAUGCUUGGUGAUGGGCGCCUGAUAAAACGUCGUAUUCAUGAUGGAAAAGGUGAGUUUCCUAUGGAUUGCCCUCUUCAUGACAGCCUACUACGUGUCCAUUAUAAGGGUAUGCUUCUUAACGAGGAAAAGACAAUCUUCUAUGAUACAAGAGUUGAUAACGAUGGUCAACCUUUGGAGUUUUGUUCUGGAGAAGGCCUUGUGCCCGAGGGAUUUGAAAUGUGUGUUCGUUUGAUGCUGCCUGAAGAGAGAGCUCUCGUCACAUGUCCUCCUGAUUAUGCAUACGACAAAUUUCCUAGGCCUGCUAAUGUUCCUGAAGGUGCUCAUAUUCAAUGGGAAAUUGAGCUUCUUGGGUUUGAGAUGCCAAAGGAUUGGACUGGUUUAAAUUUUCAAAGCAUAAUGGAUGAAGCAGAGAAGAUUAGAAACACAGGGAACAGGCUAUUCAAAGAAGGAAAAUUUGAACUUGCUAAGGCAAAGUAUGACAAGGUGCUUCGGGAAUUUAAUCAUGUUAAUCCACAAGAUGAUGAAGAGGGGAAAAUAUUUGCCAAUACAAGGAAUCUGUUACAUCUGAAUGUCGCCGCAUGCUUCCUGAAGAUGGGAGAAUGCAGAAAAUCCAUCGAGACAUGCAACAAGGUUUUAGAAGCAAACCCUGGACACGUCAAGGCUCUUUACCGUCGAGGUAUGGCCUACAUGACUCUUGGAGAUUUCGAGGAAGCAAAGAGUGACUUCAACAAGAUGAUCAAACUAGACAAGUCAACUGAACCUGAUGCUACAGCUGCUCUUCAAAAAGUUAAGCAGAAAGAACAGGAAGUUGAGAAGAAGGUGCGGAAGCAAUUCAAGGGGCUAUUUGACAAGAAGCCAGGGGAAAUUGCAGAGGCUGGAACUGAAGAUGGAGAUCAGCCUGCAGUUGAGAACCCCAAGAAUGAUGAUAAGGAGGAUUCCGACGGAGAUAAUUCAGACGAAUCUCAUGAAACUGCAGAGGAUGUACCUAGAUCGUCCUGGUUGUCUUUUUUGUGGCCUAAACGACUACUUGCAGCUCUUGGGCGGCCAGGAUGUACGAUUUUGUAAUCAACGUCUCAAAUAAUUAUAGACGGGUUCUAGAAGAAGAGUCAAGUGUAAACAACGUUAAAUAAUUCAUCUUUCUAUACUAACGAACAGUGGAGAUUAGCUUCUUUAGUGAUUUUGUUCUUCUGAAGAGCUCCAAAAAUCGUUGACGACGAACCGAUCUUGGUUUUUACAGCAUCAAAAAGAAUCAUCAAGUCAACUGGCUAAGGUACAGACUGAGCUCCAGGAGUGUACCUCACCAAUCACGAACGAGAUCUCGGCAUCCGACGGUUGCUGUUACUGUAAGAUUAUUCAUUUGACCUUAAUGCAUAUUCUACUGAUUAUAUUUGUUCA